CGUGUCAACUCGGUUGUGCUCCAAACAGCGUUCGUGUUUGCACGUGCUAUUGUCACAUAAAACAAUACGCACUAGUCCUGAAAGUGAAUCGACACGUUUGAUGAACUUUAUAUUAGAUUAUACAUGAAGGAUGCGCGACAGAACAGAUAAAGGAGAACGCGAACGGGCUAGGACACUCGUCAGGAUUCGGAGGAGCUAGCCUGAAACAGAAGGCUAAUCGGGACACAUCCGGGCAUGACGUCAUUUCCGGUCGGGAGCCAUGUCUGAGUGUGCGCCCUGUGUUGUUAGAGAAGCUCAGUCCCGGGCUCCGGGUGCAGUCCCGGCGCAGGAGGAGGACCCGGGCGGGUUCGCGGGUUUAUCCGAGCUGCCUGUGGAGGUCAGCGAGCGGAGACCCACCUGUCUGCGGUGCUGUCGUCCGGUGAAGGUGUGUCUGUGUCCAUUUCUCCCCGCCGAACCGCUGGACGUCUCCACCUGCCUGUACAUCGUUCAGCAUCCUGCAGAGGAGAGUCGAGUGCUCCGUACCGUCCCUCUGCUGGCCGCCUGCUUACCUAAAAACAAAUGUAAAGUCCUGAUUGGGAGACGGUUCAGUGAAGAGAGACAUACUGAGUUAGCCACCGUGUGCCGAGGCGCACACACCCUCGUCCUGUAUCCCGGACCCGACGCCGAAAACCUGGAGGACAUGGACACGGACUUCACCGCGACUCCCCACAACGUCAUCAUUAUAGACGGCACGUGGAGCCAAGCCAAGGACAUGUUCCUCAGGAACGCUCUGUUCCACUUACCCAAACAGGUUCAGUUAAACAGCGCCCCCUCGAGUCAAUACGUGAUCCGCACUCAGCCGACCAACAUGUGCCUGUCUACACUCGAGUGUGCUGCGGUCACUCUGUCCAUUAUGGAGAAAAACCCAGCCAUACUGGAGGUUCUCUUAAAGCCGCUGCGCGCUCUGUGUUCGUUCCAGCUGCAGCACGGCGCUCAGGUCCACCACAGCAAGGAGCAGCUGCUGAAGAGCGGCCUGUAUGACAAACCCUUGCCCAAGAACAAGCGCAAGAUCAAGAGGAUGCAGAAGCUCAUCACCAACCAGGACGUCUGAGCGCACUCGCGAUGUCCGACCCGUCUCCUGCGUCCGGAGCGUCCUGUGUACGGAGCCGAAACGCACCCUAGAAUUUAUAACGUUCAAGUUUCAUUGUUUUCUUUUUUGUUAAGCAAUGAGACGUUAAUGGAGGUUUUGUUUACUGCUGGAACACUAAACUACAGAAUUACUGCGUCCAAAGUUCAAUGCUGGACAAACCUUUGACUGAAGGCUUUUAGCUCUUUCUAACUUUAAAGAACUUUCAAGAACAUCAGUAAAUCAGGUCUAAAUUAUGGUUAAAUCUUUUGCUGUUUUAUUAUUUUAAGGAACACACUGUGUUCUUACACCAGCUGGUCUUAAUAUAAAUCCAACCUGCUGCAUUGUCUCGAGUGUGUGUCUCACUGUUGUGCUCGUAAAGGUUGUGUUUUAUAGUGUGUGAAUGAAAUUGAACAUCAUUAAGGUGAUUCUUUUUCUUUUUUUUGUCCGAAAUAAAUAAUUUU